CAAGCAUGGCGACAGCGUUAGGACGAGCCAAUCGACCGGAACCACUGAACCUUCAAGAUAGAGAUCAUUGGGGUGAACACUGGAAGCAAUUCGAGCGCGACUGGAAAUACUAUGAGAUUGCUGGAAGGAACCUGAAGAAGUUCGUGUAGCGGCCCUGCUCAACGUAAUCAGUCACGACGGACAAGACAUGUUCGAGACAUUCAAAUGGGGAGACACACCCAAUGACCAGAACAAACUGAAGAAAGUCCUCAAGAGAUUUCGAGAAAGAUGCCUACCAGAGAAGAAGGAAACGUACAAUUUCUUUACUUAAUUAAGAGAAGCCGAGAGCCAGGAGACAAGGAAGGAAGAAGAUUGGGGAGAACCAAUGUAGUCCUAGUGAUGCAUAACAGAGCUCAUGUCAAGCCAAGAGGAGCCGCAUGGUCACAAGUACAACAUACACUUCAUAGUGAUACCUAGCAAAACAACGCCCUUGCUCAGUCUGAAGUCGAGCCAACUUCUUCGGUUAGUCAAAAUAGUUGACAUUGACCAAGUACAUACAGUGCAAGCACGAGCUAACAGAGCUAGAGACAAAACAAUAGUACCAGACAGAGUACUGACGAAACCGCUGAAUGAUAACAUCCUUAAACCAAGAUGUGUUUGAGUGAUUAGGCCAUUUACAGGGAGGGUGAACACACCAUACAAGUAGACAAGAGUGUCAGGCCUGUAGUUCAUCUGCCAUGUAAGGUACCAGCACCCAUGCGAGAGGCAAUCAGGGCGGAAUUAGAGAGACUUACUGCUGAAACAUCAUAGUACUGGUGACAGAGCGCACAGAAUGGGUAUCAUCAAUGGUCUCGGUAAGAAAGAAAAACAGUCAAGUACGAAUCUGCUUGGACCCCAAGGAGCUCAACCAGGCAAUGAAGAGAUCGCACUACCCUAUGCCCACCAUCGAGGAAGUAGCCACACGGCUUACCAAGGCCAAAGUGUUUACAGGACUAGAUGCCAAGAGUAGGUUUUGGCAGAUUAAGCUGGAUGAGAAGUCAAGCUACUUGACCAGGAACAGACAGACGGAUUGGGUAAUAAACGGACACAGAAGGUAACAGGCAAGUGAACAGAACAUCAAAGGUGCAAACUAACAAACUGUUGAACGAAUGAUUGGCAAACUAAUGGACAAACAAUAUACAGCUGUAUGGACACACAGAGCGACAGACAGACAAAGUGAUACACACAGGCAAGCAAGCUGACAAGCAAAAUAACAAAGAGACACACAGAUGGACAAACAAGUAGACAUACAGAUGUGUGUGUGUCAGUGUGUGUGUGUGUGUUGCUGUGUGUCACUAUGUGUGUGUGUGUGUGUGUGUGUGAGAGAGAGAGAGAGAGAGAGAGAGAAAACAAAAGUUUUGAGCAUUGGGUGCAAGCAGGCACGUGUUCUUCUUGACCGUUCUAUUCUUGAAAACGUUACAGAGUUUACUUACUUGGGAAGUAUCAUGAGCCAAGAUGGUGGAUUCAUUGCUGAUAUUGAUGCUCGUAUAAGCAAAGCAAGUAAAGUUUUUGGUUUGUGGAAGAAAAAGGUAUUUACCAACAGACAGUUUUAAAUCUCCACAAAGAUGAAAGUUUUUCGUGCUUUGGUGAGACCUGUUUUGUUAUAUGGAUGUGAGACUUGGUCCGUUACACAACCAAACUUGCAACGCUUAAAUACAUUCCACAUGCGGUGCAUUCGAUCGAUUCUUGGUGUCUCAAGAUGGAAUAAAAUCAAGAAUUCAGACAAUUUAGAACGAGCGUGUGAGGACCCCAUUGCUAUGACAAUACAGAAACGACGAUUGCAAUGGCUGGGCCAUCUGCUGCGCACGAGUGGCAAUCGUCCCCCAAACAACUACUUUGCAGCAGACUUAGUAAUGCAACAAGACCAACACAUGGGCCUAAACAGAGAUGGAUAGAUGUUGUCACAAGAGAUCUCAGGUCAUUACAUAUCAGUCUUCGUGAUGCUGAUGAUCGUGCUGCUUGGAGAAGCGCUAUUACGCUGCGUUGCCAAAACCCAUAGUGUUAAUAAAUAUGCAAGCCACAAUAUCCUAGAAGAUGACAACAUACGACAAUCAGUUAAAGACUAUAGCAACUGGCCCACAUUUCCACAGGUUUACUUUAAAGGAGAAUUUGUUGGAGGAUGUGACAUCAUGAUGCAGAUGCAUCAGAAUGGAGAUCUGGUUGAAGAGUUGAAGAAAGUUGGAAUUCAUUCCACUCUCCUUGAUCGCGAGAAAUGAGUUUACAAAUGUAAACAUUAUGCCCGGUACUAUCAUUCACUUACAGUAGGUAUGAGUAGUUGU